AUGGUGUGUUAUUCGGCAUCAACAAGGGGACAAUAUAAUUUACAACUAGAAAUGCCUCGUAGUAGAACAACUCAUUGCUUACAUCAGUUUUCAAGAUGUGGAAAUGAGUUAGCUGUAGGUAAUGUAGAUGGGAUGCUGGCAGUUUUCAAAGGUAGAGGACCUACCCCAUGGAGGACCUGUUCUAACUUGGGCAUGAUAACAUGUGUUGGUGUCAGUGAUAUAUUAAGCAGAGGAAAGAAUAACUUGUACUGCCUGACUGCAGAAGGUUGGUUUUAUUUGUUUGAUGUCAAAGUGGAUUUCCAUGAUGGAGAAGGACAUGAGAGUCAUGAUGAGGAUUGUGGUGACAAUUUAAAGCCAAUAUUUACACAACAUCUACCUCCUAAUGGUAAAGUUAUGCAGGCAGCUGAUGUAGACGGAGAUGGGAAGUUAGAGUUGGCUAUGGGAUAUUCUGACAGAGUUAUAAGAUUGUAUAAGUGGAUAGGACCUACAUCCUUUGAUAGUGAGACAGAAACUAAAGGUUCUAUGGUGCAGAUAGAAAAAUGGCAGUUGGCUGGUCAG